CACACAAAUAGGCCAAACCAUAGACACCAAGAGAAGCCAAGAAACCUCCUCAAGCUAAAGUGCCUUCAAAUAAAUAAACAAAAGAAAAACUAUCCAAAGAGAAGGAAGUAGUAGAAUUCAUUAGUGUGCCAUGAUCAAAACAAGCACAACCACCACCUUAAUAGCCAUAGCCACCUCUUACUUGCUACUUGUGAUUACACCAACCCCAAAAUCUACCUAUCACUCACUCUUCGUAUCCAAUUCUCUAUCAGACAAUGCAUCCGUAUCACACCACCUCCAAACUCUAACACGCAGACCCCACAUCGCAGGUUCUGAAGCCAAUCAUGAGGCUGCAUCAUAUGUUAUCUCAGUCUUCACCUCUUCAAACAUACCAUCCCAUGUAGCAUCAUACGAGGUUGCUCUCGCAUAUCCUUUAUCACGUUCCUUGGUCUUAACAAACCCACCACCACAACCACCCACAACCUUCACUCUAAAAGAAGAAACCUACGAGGGUGAUCCUUAUGCUGACGUGGUGGACGAGGUUGUUCCCACGUUUCAUGCGUAUGCCAAGUCAGGAACUGCCACUGGGCCUGUGUGUUAUGUGAACUAUGGAAGAGUGGAGGACUUCAUGACACUGGAGAAAAAAGGUGUGAAUGUUUCAGGCACUGUUGUAUUGGCAAGGUAUGGGAAAAUCUAUAGAGGGGACAUUGUGAAGAAUGCUUAUGAUGCAGGUGCGGUUGGGGUGGUGAUAUUUUCAGAUAGGAAGGACUAUGGUGGUGCAAAGUGGUUCCCUGAUGAUAAGUGGUUGCCACCAAGUGGGGUUCAGGUGGGGACAGUGUAUGGUGGGGUUGGUGAUCCCACAACUCCUGGUUGGGCAAGUGGUGGUGAGUGUGAGAGGCUGAACAAGGAUGAGGUGGAGAUGGAAGGUGAUGUUCCUCUCAUACCUUCAUUGCCUGUGUCAGCAAGAGAUGGUGAGAAGAUAAUGAGGUCAAUUGGUGGCCCAGUUGCUGAGGAUGAUUGGCAGGGAAGUAAAGAUGAUCUUAUUUACAGGGUUGGACCAGGACCAGGGAUUCUCAACCUUAGUUACAUGGGGCAGGAGGUUAUAACCACAAUUCAGAAUGUUAUUGGUGUGAUUGAAGGAGCAGAAGAGCCUGACCGAUUUGUCAUAAUAGGUAACCAUAGGGAUGCAUGGACAUUUGGAGCAGUUGAUCCCAAUAGUGGCACUGCAGCUCUACUUGAGAUUGCGCAAAGAAUGGGGAAGCUUCAGAAAAGAGGGUGGAGACCAAGGAGAACAAUUAUCUUAUGCAAUUGGGAUGCUGAGGAAUAUGGCCUUAUAGGAUCAACUGAAUGGGUAGAAGAGAACAGAGAAAUCCUUGCUUCAAGGGCUGUUGCUUACUUGAAUGCCGAUUGUGCAGUAGGUGGACCAGGGUUCUCUGCCCGUGCUACUCCACAACUUGAUGAAUUGAUCAAAAGAGCAACUCAGCAGGUCAAAGACCCAGAUAACUCAUCUCAGAGCAUUUAUGAAUCUUGGACUGGUAAUUCUGGCAGUUCCCCUCUGCUCGGAAGGUUAGGAGGUGGAGGAUCAGAUUAUGCAUCAUUUUUGCAUCAUGUGGGAAUUCCGGCAGCUGACAUAGACUUUGGAGGGGCAUUCCCGGUAUACCACUCACUGUAUGAUGAUUUCAUCUGGAUGAAAAAAUUUGGUGAUCCUAUGUUUCAAAGGCAUGUUGCAGCGGCAAGUGUUUGGGGUCAAGUAGCACUUUGGUUAGCAGAUGAAGAAUUCUUACCUUUUGACUAUAUAUCCUAUGCUAAGGAGCUCCAGCUUAGCACGGAGAAACUGGAGGAUGAGAUUUCAAAUAAAGACAUAAAUUUGUUACCUAUAUUCAAGUCUAUCAAGGAGCUUGAGAAAGCUGCAAUCAAGAUAAAUAACCAGAUAAAGGAAAUAGGUGCAAGAAAAGGUUGGACAACGUGGAAGAAGGACCACUUGAAAGUGAGAGAGCUAAAUGAUAGAUUAAUGAUGGCUGAGCGUGCAUUCACUGACAGAGAUGGCCUCUUUGGAAUGUCAUGGUAUAAGCAUUUGAUAUAUGGACCAUCAAAACAUAAUGACCAUGGGUCUCAAUCUUUCCCUGGAAUUGACGAUGCUGUUAAAAUGGCCAAAAAUCUAAAUACUGUAGAAUCAUGGCAUCAUGUUCAACACGAAGUUUGGAGAGUCUCAAGAGUCAUCAUACAUGCCUCGCUAGUUCUCAUCGGUCAACUAACAUGAAUAUCAAUUUACUUGUACAUUUUCUAUAGAUGAUAACUUACAUGUCCAUGAGAAUAAAUAGGUAUAUGUGUGACGGUUCACAAAUCUUUCAUAACUCAAAAGGAGCACUAUUUAGGAUUCUCUCAUCCUCUCAUCUGUCAAAUGUACUUUGCAAUUUGAAUGAUUAGUUGCAAGGUAAUUUUUCAUGCAUUAUACAAAGGCUGUCACUCUUCUGUAAUAAUUAGCCAACAUAUGAAUUCUUGAAAUAAAUCUUGACACAAAUUGGGUCUUUU